GGAGCCGACCGCGGUCGGGGUCCGCCGGGAUGCCGCGGGGAUGGCCGCCAGCACCGCAGCCACCGCCCCGGCCGGGGAGAGCAGCGACCCGCGCCGCUCCCUCCCCGAACUUGCGACCGGCCCGGCCCGCGGCGGGGCAGGGGCGGCCGGCCCCGGGUCCCGGAGCGGCGGACACCCCGGAACCGGGCCCGCAGCCCCCGGGCUCGGCACCGCAGUGCAUCGUGACUCGGCACCGCCGAGCCCGAUCCCGCUCCUGCGGCAACUUCAUACACGGGGAGGAGGGGAAGCAAAAACACCCCGUACGGUUCAAACAGCCGAAAAAGCCCGAGCCCCUCCGUUACCUUCUGUGAGCGAGGAGGGAGCACGGGAAAGGGGCUCGGGGGGACCCUGCGGGUGCCUCCCCAGACCGCAGGUCCUUGGGAUCACGCACAGGAAGGACUCGGGCUGAACUACAACCAAGCAGGGAGAAGCAGCGGGCGACCGCGGUCCCCGUUCUCCUGCCUCCCGCAGCCGCGUUGCUCGCAGACGGUAUUUAAGCUGGUAUUGAUCACGUUGGGAUUAUUUCCACCCUUCCUCUUUGCCCUUGCAAAAGGCAAAAUUAAAAAUAAUAAUAAUAAAAAAUAUCGUUGCCACAAGGGACGUUGCAACAUUUCUCUAGGCUUUUCAAACGCGGCGUUUGCCCCAGAGGGGUUAAAAA